GGGAUCAAAAUAUAUUUUGAAUAAAUUUGAUGCUUAUGAUGAACUUACGAUAGAUUUGCGUAUAUAUGAACUUAUAAAAUACUUAAAACAAGUAAUAUUUACUUAAAUACAGUAUGUAUUUUUCUGUGUGUAGGAAGCGGACAACGAUACGGACAUAACGUCGUUAUUGUCGUUUCUUCUCUUGGAUCGAGGAUUGUCCGUGCGCCACUCCGGUUGGUCGCGAUAACAUAAAAUCAAUGGACAAUCGGGCGACCAGUAUAUAUGCUCGACCAAUGGAUCGCACAGAGUCGUUCUUCCUCUUCUUCUUUCGUCUUCGACAAUAACGAUGUUUUCGUAAUCGUCUUUCACCCCCUCUUUUUUCGCAGCGACGGCAUUCUUAUUCCAAUUCUCGAGAGUUACUCCGCACGUGUAACACGUAACUAUAUCGUGCGUGCCUACGAAGAAAAAGCCGCGAUAACUCAAUUGUACCGACGAUACGUUUUCAUUGAGAGGCCACGCUGCGAACGAUUGUCUACGAAUGUCUAUUCUCGAGUACAUUGGAAAUUUCACCUCCAUUUCGUCGUCGUGUCGAGUGGUGAUGAACACCUGCGUCGAGCGAUACGCACGACGAUGAUUCGAUCGAUUGAUUCGAAUCACAUUCGAGUGUUUAAAAUACUUAAUGAGACAACGCCGCCGUACAAUUGUCAUACGGUAACCACAUCCUUUGAAGGUGGGGGGUUAUCUCUCGCCACUACGACGUCGUAAAACCCCUCCACCGAAAUAUGUAGAACCUUAAAACCUCGACGUCGUUAGAUGGAUGAUACAUUGGUAAAAAAAAUGCCAACCGAUCGUGAGAAUCGUCAAAGUGGUAGCGUUAACAACAACAAUGAUAGCAACGACGUGUCGAGGAAUCUAGACACGAUGGAAUUGUACGUGACGCGAAUGGAGAGUUUAUUUAACGAAUUCAAUCGACUGAAACGUAAAAUUACAAACGUCAUGAGUAUGAUUUUGAAACACCGUAGUGUUAAUCCGUUGGAAGCGAAGAGAGCUAAGAUCGACAACGACGGCGAUUCGUCAUCGUCAACGACGUCCGCGUCGGACGACGACGAAGAUUCGAACGUAGUCGUUGCUCCCCCCGAAACGACGACAACAACGUCAAUUUUCACGCAACGAAUUGCGCAACGGCAACAAGAAAAUCAAACGAUGAUCGCGAUACCGCAGCAUCAGCAACAACAAACGACAUCGUCGUCGUGUUCAUCGUUGCUCUUCAAUAUGGACUACGAAAUGAUGAACGUCGCGGCAGCGACUACGGUAACUGCGAACGAGCAACAAGUGGAUGCGACGCUACUCGAAAAGUAGGGUGCUAUACACAUGGUGCGGGAGGGUAACGAAUAUUACAUACAGCCGCGGCGAACGCUUAACGACGAUGUGAUUCCCGACGUGUCGACGCGGUUGAUGCGAGAUGCUCUGUCCAUCUUACGACCGAUCUGGAGACAGACGGACGUCUACGUCGCGACAUUCGACACAGCGAAACAUGGAUCUAAAGUAUUGUGUUCGAGAAAUACCGGAGCGAAAUAUCUGAAACACUUUCUCGUGGAUACCUUAUCUGAACAAUUUUUCAUGUACGAUAAUCGCUAUCCGUACUGGAAAGCGUCGACAGAUAGGAGCGAGUGUGUCUACAGUGUCUACUUGACCAACGAUUCGAGAAAAACGACGAAAAAGAAUAAUAUUUCUAAAUAUAUACUGCCUGUUUACACGACUAUAGACAACAAUGCACAUCUCACAUCCACGUUGUUAUGCGUACCCUCGUUAAACCUGUUUAUGUAUAUUCCGAACAAAUUUUGUGAAAUAUUUAUGAUCGUUAAACGCGACAAUUAUGACGGCGACGUUCUCGAAUAUAUCGUUCGUGGAAUUAACGACACGGUGCGAUACAAGCUUAGACUCACGACGAGCAACGACGACGAUAUCUAUCAUUACACGAAUGGUGAAAAAAUUAUUGUUACUUUUACGGAUAUUGACGAUUCGAACGACAUAUUGAACCCUGUUAUCAACGGUGUGUACAGAGGCGAUGACGAUGCGUUGUACAAUCCACCGAUGUCGGAAUAAAUAUUUUUUCGUAAAAAA